AUGGGGCUGCUUGCACAUAAUUUCCCGAUAGGGUCCCAUAGAAGGCCCGACCACACAGACGAACCAUCCUCCGAACUAGCCGUGGAAGAAAUGGGAGAGAUCUUCCCAGAAUACCGACUUCCCUCGACGAUAUGCGGCACCGGCUUUUCCAAUGAGCAUAUGACCAAGUCAUCUUCUGCCAGCUGGGACAUGUUGUUACACUCUUUGGCAACAGACUCAGAACGCGCAAAUGUGGCUUCCAUCAUGGCAGCUGAAAAUCUAGGGUUUAGAGAUAUUAUCAAAUACGGGAUAAUUCUUAUGGGCUCAGCCAUUGACUCGGAGUCUUUCGAGCGUGCCCUGUGCGCUCCUUUGAAGUCCUGGACGGAGUACCUUGCCGAAACUUUGGGCGAUCUGGAUAUCGGAGCUGUAUGCAGCGUCGGAAUGCGUUUCUUAGCAAGUCUACAGGGACCAGCCGAUGACCCUUUCAAAAUUUCUCGUUCCCUGACUCGCACUCGUCAAUUGUUGGAUCCGCCCGUCCACUCUACCUUCCCCACCACCCCAUGGCUGACGUUCGCACCUGCCUGCGUGAUCAAUGCGCAUCUUCUAUCAAUUCCUCUUGCGGAUAUCAUGAACCCCAAUACCCGAUCCUCUUUCUCGUGUGUCUCAUCUCCCGUGGUGCUUGCUUCGAGCCUUUCACCAACCUGGGAGCAGCUCACGAUCCCACAUUAUCGUUAUAUCGAUACGCUGCCAUGGCCGUCCGUAAGGUCACGGCUUAUCAUAUCCUUGCACAGUAACCCUCCCAUGAUUGACCACGGUGAGUUCGCCAACGAUUUGGUAAACAAUGGCGUCCGGUGUUGGAUCUCAUCCCCCGGCUCCUGGCCUGGAGCAGAUGCCCCAUGGCACGCUCGGUGCUGGGAAGUUAUGCCGUGGUUCUCCGAUCGAUGGCGGCUUAUCUUUCAAAGUUAUAUCAUCGAUGCGAACCCGUUGUAUCGAUACCAAGAGUCAUAA